GGGAAAUUGGACUCCGGUGGAGCUGACCACGCGAACGCUAAAAUCCUCCUCCACCCCAUCUGAUGUUGAGAAAAAAAAGAAGAGAUCAUCUGCUCGGGAAUUUUCUACUUUCAAAGUCCUCAGUCGUUAGGGUUCACUCUUUAUCCCUCGACUUUCUCGUUCUCUUGAACAUUCGAUUUAGCCACUCCUUUCUUUUUUGGUCGUCUUCUAUAUUCUCACUCCUUGACCUUUCCUUAUCAGUCCUCCUCCCGCUGUCACGGCUCUUCAGUAAGGGGGUUUUCACUAGGGCCAAAACGCAAACCGAUAACUAGGUUCAUGCCCCUCCCCUCCAAUUAAUUGCGGCUGGUCAGACAAGAGACCGACACUGCAGUUAUCCAUCGACUGCAAGUAGAACAUGCACGCGGCCAUUCGACUCCAAGCCUGCAUCUCUCGUUGAUCUUGCUCCCCUUCCCCCCCCAGACUCGCGGGCGGGUAGUACCAUCCCUGAGACGACUGAACUAUUGAACGCCAUGCAUCUUAACGAGCCCUUCCCGGAACCGCCCCAGCAGGCAGAGUCCGCCCUGCUCAAUCGCCGUCGCCGUCGCAAGUCUCUCCCUAUGCGCAGCCAGGGACCUAAUUCCUCUACCGAUCCAACGUCACCCGAAGUUAUCUCAUCACUGAUCUCAUCCCUGUCUGCCAUCUCGGUGCCCCUGAACUCGCAUUUCGACAACGUGCCGCGCAUCGAUUCCAAAGAUUCCUCCGACCCUGGCCUCCCGGAUGUUCCGCAAACCGCGCCGUGCUUCACUAUCCCCCCUUCCAAGCAAAAUGGAUUCGGCUUGAGCUUUGGCACAUAUGCAACUGCUGAAGAGCCCCCGCAUAAUCUCUUGCAUCCAGAUGAUGCCGCCUCGUCACCGGUUAUUCGUAUGGCCAGAGCGCCCCCAUCCCCCAAAACGCCAAAAUCCCCUCGCUCGCCGCGAUUCAAACCGUUCAAAACAACCGAUUCAUCCGUGCGACCGGAAUCAAGAGACUCUUAUACGUCGGUAAGGGCCGCGCCGGAAGAUAGUGCCUUCGGGACGAUCAGCGCAGAACCCGCCCCUCGCCCGUCAAAGGCUCCUAGCAUUGCGUCAAACAGCUCCGCCGGACGAACGAAGAGUCUCAAGGGCCACUUUGGACUGUUAAAGAAGUCGUCGCGCGAAUUCCACAACGACAAAGAAACUCAGGCCGAUCGCCUUCGGCGGACCACCAGCCAUAACGAUAGUUUACGGCAUAACACUUCGCGGAGUCGAGCAAGUUUGCGUUCCAUGUACUCCAUGGCAGAUGUCGCCGAGGAACAUGGGCCCAGUGGGUUGGCAGAAAAUGGUCUGAUGGAGGAACCGAGUAAGGGUUUGAUUGCUAGCACCCCGCCAACCCGAGAACAGCCGUCAAUUCAGAACACGCCGGACGCACACCAGAACCCCGGUGGUAUUGGAAGUGGUCGGAUUAUUCCUACUCGAGACUCUUCUCUACGUCACCGACACAGCCAGUCCUCUGGCUCGAAAAAGCGAAGGUCUGCCCGCCACAGCCGAUAUUCUUCGACUGCCAGCCGAGAUUCGACCCUCGCGGAGAAUGGAUUGCCAGGGUCAAGCAACGACGCAGAGCAGGUGACUAAGAGAAUCCAAGAGUUGAAAGACCAGCAACAGAGAAUCAAGACUGAGCUGGAGGCUGACGACAGCCCCGGCAAGUCUACGGGAGCAGCACCCGUCAGACCCUCGAAGCCGUCACGCAGCACCAGCCAAGUCGACCAAAGCCGCAUUUCCAAAACGCAGAACGGCUCUGCUUAUGGACGUUCAGCCAUGAAUGACAGCGCUCCAUCACCCUCAGUUAUGACUGGCAAGAGUCGUAUGGGAAAGCCCGGGGCACCAUUGUCAUCGAAGCCGACCAACUUCUCUCCAGAAAUGCAAAGGCAAUCAUCUGAAAAGCUCGACCAUGAGAAAAACCGGCUCAGACGAUCCUUGGAGCCCAUCUCUCCCACACCGUCCCAUCGCCGCACGCCGUCCGGUCCUACACUGGUCAAUCGUGCCUCAAUCAACACUGAACGGCCAUCCAGUGCGGACUCGAUCGACCUGGCUGUGGAUGAUUAUAUCUUAUCUCCGAAACUCACCCAGAGAGUACCGCACCCAACGACGGGCCGCACCAUCGCCUUUUCCGAGGUCGGCGACCCCAAGGGCCACGUCGUUCUCUGCUGUCUCGGCAUGGGUCUCACUCGAUAUCUCAUGGCAUUCUACGACGAGCUGGCUCGGACUCUGAACCUGCGUCUGGUCACCCUCGACCGUCCUGGUGUUGGUGAAAGUGGACCACAUCUACUGGAUGAACCCAGCAAUCCUCUGAGUUGGCCUGACGAUGUUGCCAUUGUUUGUAAUCACUUGCGGGUGACGAAAUUUUCCAUCCUUGCGCACUCGGCCGGUGCCAUCUAUGCCCUUGCCACGGCCCUUCGAAUCCCUCAACAUAUCCGCGGGCGUAUCCAUCUCCUCGCUCCUUGGAUCCCUCCUUCUCAACUCUCCAGCAUCGGCUCCCAGAAGGAGCCCGUGCCGACUAAUGCCGUCCCCUACUCCCAACGAAUUCUCCGUGCUCUUCCCACGUCUCUCCUCAAGGUGGCAAACACCAGCUUCAUGAGUGCUACUAGUGCCAGCAUCACUACUAGCUUACCCAAGUCUCCACGGCGAGCAAAGAAGAAGACCGCCAAAGAGGCCUCUAAAGAAGAAGUGCCUGCCCUACCAGUCCCUGCGUCAAGCGUGGAGCCCAAGUCUCCACAGCCUGGAGUUCUCUCGCCCGUUGAACCCUCCAAACCAUCAAAUGUCACCCAUGCAGCGUACAGAGAUAGCGAUGCGACUCUUGGAUCACGCGAUAAGUCUCCAGAGGAAGAGCUGGAAAGACAGCGGGACUACGACACCAGACUCACUCAUAAGGUCUGGGCGCUGGCCACUGCUAAUGCCAACCCCGCAGUGGAUCUUUUGACAUGCUUGGAACGCCGCCAGACUAUCGGAUUCCGCUAUGUGGAUAUCACACGAGCCACCGUGAUUCAUCACGGUAGCAAGGAUACUCGUGUGCCCGUCGAAAACGUCCAGUGGCUGGGCAAGACGAUGCGGCGCUGCGAGGUGCGUAUCCUCGAGGGCGAAGGCCACGGUCUCAUGGCUUCUGCCAGCGUAAUGGGCAGUGUCUUGACCGAAAUCGCCAAGGAGUGGGAAGACUGGACCACCAUCGUCCAGGGCCGACGCCGGGCGACCGCUCAACAGGCGGCACGACCGAGUCUUUCUCUCCAAGCCUGAUCACGAGGAAAUCGUUCUUCCGUGAUCCCGUCACUAAACAGCAUCCUUCAACUCCCUCUUUUAUUCUCACUUGUAUCCCCGCCCCUCCUCCUGACUUCUACGCGUUACGUUGACUCUUGCCUUCAACCUCACCCCGGUGGUUCUAUUCCGCUCUAAUCACCCCUACUCAUCACUGUCUUCAUACCACCAAGUACCACAGCCGGCUCUGUGGACUUCACUGGUGGCUUCCCACGUCCCCCUACUUACAAUAUAUACACCCCGCCAGCAUCAUACAUAAACCUAAUAGUGGCCGAUGUACGCCCCGUCUAUGGAUUCACGUGGAGUCGCGCCCGGACCGAAACCCUUGUGAUUUAGCAUAAUACCCAUGUCAGCUUUCUUAGCUAAUUUCAUUGUCUUAUCGAAUCUUGCUCAAUAAAUACUCUUACUUUUUGG